UGUUGACGUGUUGUACUGUAUGAUAGGAGACACACUGACAUGUUGACGUGUUGUACUGUAUGAUAGGAGACACACUGACAUGUUGACGUGUUGUACUGUAUGAUAGGAGACACACUGACAUGUUGGCGUGUUGUACUGUAUGAUAGGAGACACACUGACAUGUUGACGUGUUGUACUGUAUGAUAGGAGACACGCUGACAUGUUGACGUGUUGUACUGUAUGAUAGGAGACACACUGACACGCUGACAUGUUGGCGUGUUGUACUGUAUGAUAGGAGACACACUGACAUGUUGACGUGUUGUACUGUAUGAUAGGAGACACACUGACAUGUUGACGUGUUGUACUGUAUGAUAGGAGACACACUGACAUGUUGACGUGUUGUACUGUAUGAUAGGAGACACACUGACACGCUGACAUGUUGGCGUGUUGUACUGUAUGAUAGGAGACACACUGACAUGUUGACGUGUUGUACUGUAUGAUAGGAGACACGCUGACAUGUUGGCGUGUUGUACUGUAUGAUAGGAGACACGCUGACAUGUUGGCGUGUUGUACUGUAUGAUAGGAGACACACUGACACGCUGACAUGUUGGCGUGUUGUACUGUAUGAUAGGAGACAUGCUGACAUGUUGUAUGAUUAGAGACACGCCGCAGGUCACACUGUCACAUUAGUGUCUCAAACUGAAUUAACAGACACGACGAGUCUCUGAACAGGACGUCUUGUUCUCUGUCAGCUGACCAACCACACGUGCUGCCACUUCCUCGUGACCCGAUGACCUCUGACCCCCCCUCCCCCCAGACCCUGCAGCUGUUUGAGGAAAAUCACUCCACCUCUAAAAUCAGGAUAUUUCUCAGUGAAGUUCUGCAUGAUACAAACUGUGAGAGAGGACAGAGGAAGAGGAUGAUGAAGAUGUAAUGUGUAUGAUGAUGUCAGAGGGAGGAGCCUGUCAGCCUGUACAGCACUGUCAUUGGCCAGCUGUGCUGCAGGGAGGCGGGAGCUGAGAUCUGAUUGGCUGUUUGUUCUAUAAAAGGAGAAAAAGUUCAGAAGAGUUCACAGUUUUUCAUUUUCCUCAGAAACUCGACUGCAGGAUUCUCUGCUCCUCCUCCUCCUCACCAUCAUGGCCGACUGGACCGACUGUCUGAACUUCGGCAUCUCCAUCGCCAAACAGGCCAGUGAGGUGGUUCUGUCGGCGUUCCAGCAGAAGAAAGAAGUGAAGCUGAAAAGUUCUCCGGCUGAUCUGGUGACAGAAACGGAUCAAAGAGUUGAGAAGAUCCUGAUCUCUGCCAUCAGGAACCAAUACCCUGACCACAGGUUUAUAGGGGAGGAGUCAGUGGCGGCAGGUGAGCGUGUGCAGCUGACUGACGCUCCCACCUGGAUCAUUGAUCCGAUUGAUGGAACCGUCAACUUUGUCCACAGGUUUCCGUUCGUGGCUGUUUCCAUCGCCUUCACAGUCAACCAGCAGACGCAGUUCGGGAUCGUUUACAGCUGUGUCGAAGACAAACUGUUCCACGCUCAGAGAGGAGGCGGAGCCUUUCUGAACGGAGAGCCGCUGCACGCCUCCGGACAGGAAGACGUCAGCAGGUGUGUGGUGGUGACAGAGAUCGGAGCGGAGCGUGAUGACCUCGCUCUGUCCACCAUGACCUCCAACAUCUUCAGACUGCUGAAACUACCUGUCCACGGGGUCCGUGCUCUUGGCACGGCGGCGGUCGACAUGUGUCAGGUGGCGACAGGUGGAGCUGAUGCCUACUAUCACAUCGGGAUGCACUGCUGGGACAUCGCUGCCUCCGCCAUCAUCGUGCAGGAGGCCGGAGGCAUCGUCAUGGAUACGGAUGGCUCGCCGUUCGACAUGAUGUCCAGGAGAGUCAUCGCGGCGAGCUCCUCCGCCGUAGCCAAUCGCAUCGCUCAGGUGAUCCAGGCGUUCCCCUGUCGCCGUGACGACGAGGAUCCUGACAAGUGUGUGUGUGGAGCCUCCGGUGUGAAUGGAUCGUAGGUCAGCUGAUCAUCUUCUGGACUCCUGAUCAAUAUCUUCAUCAAUAUUUAUUCUGUUGAUUACUUCAGCUGACCAAUCAGAGCUCAUCGGUGUGUCACCUGAUUCAUGAGAUGUGUGAUUAUGAAUUCGUCAUUAAAGACUGAAGAAGAAGAAUAUUACUGUUAUCAAUAACUGAAUUCUAAUGAUCAAUAAUAAUAAUAAAGCAGGUUUAUGACAUCACGGCCGUCUGUGUGUGAAGUAACUGAGUCCUUUGCACUUCAGUCAGGUUUAGAGGUACUUAUACUUCACAUUACUGUAAAAAACUGUAAAGAACGUUAAUAUUCCAGCAGCUGGGAGCCAAUAAAAU